UUUUGUUUUUUUAUCUGCAGUCAAAUGACUCAGACAAUAGAUGUUGAAGCAUUGAAGAAAGAAAUUCGUGAGCAAAUUUUAUCCGAACUGAAGGAACAAAAACAAGAACAAAAGCCAGAGAGACCAAAGAGAAAACUUAGUGAAAACAACUUGCUGCAUUAG